UCCAACGGACAAAAUGGUCGUCUGUAGAUCCUUGUUCAUUUCUACUCUGGUCUAUGCAUUCCUGAUGAGAUGUCACUCAAAAAUUCCUACCACAGGAUGCAGACCUCUGGAUGUUGUUUUUCUGGUCGAUAGCAGUGGGAGUGAAACCAACGACUCGUUCAAUGCCCAGAUUGAAUUCAUGAAAGAAAUCGUCAACAGCUCUGCUUCUUACAAUAACAACACCAAGUUCGGUGCAGUUAACUUUUCUAACGAUGCUAGACUGGAAUUCAAACUUAAUUCAUCAGAACAAGAUAUAAUUAGAGCCAUAUCAAAUAUUUCGCACAUUGGUAAAUUUACUCACUUGGAGGAAGGAUUUAACUUCGUAAUUGAUGUAAUGUUCACAAAAAAUGGUGGUGAUCGCCCACAUGCUGAUAAUGUGCUUUUAGUAUUGACGGAUGGCAUAUUUCACCCUGAAAAUACAACGGAGCCAGUGGAGGAACUGCUCGGGAAAGGCGUUGAAAUCAUUCCCGUGCUUUUCACUGAUGAAGUAACAGAUAAAUUGGCCAGCAAUGCCAAUAGCAUUACACAUACAAACACUACUUAUACAAAAGACACAUUUGAUCCCAAGGAACUGUUCUGA